GCCCCACAAAAUGGUUCCAACCAAUAUGCGACCUGUACAGCCUGGGGCCUCUUCAUUCAUUUGGAAUGUCGCUGGGUGGGAAAAAGCCACUUCAAACGACUUGGUUUUGAUUAAAAACACCGCCCAGCUGUUGGCAGCCUGCCUCAUGGCGCCGCUGGUGGGUGUUUGA